CUCUCUAUCUUAGUAGUAGGUACAGUAGGUAGCAGGUUAGGUGGGUAGUAAGCCGCCAACGAAAUCCCCUUUUUCUUCUUCUUCUUCUUCUUCAAACAGCCAUCCCUUUUAGGCUUCCUCUUGUAUCCCCAUUCGACUUUCUGAGCAGGGCAAGACGAGACACGGGACGGUUGUUACCUUCCUUUUUACCUACUAACCUCCUUUACUGUUUGCAUCUAAGCCUACGACUAACUUAAUUUUGUCCUGAGUACCUCUUAGUAGGGGACCUUAAUUGGCUACUCCGAUCUGCCCGUCCCGUUUCCGAGCAGCUGCCGAACCUUCCAUUAUCCGGCCUCUGUCCGGUUGCCACAAACAUCAUUGGAUCUUUCGACUCUUCUAAUUUUCUUCUCUGCAUUCCAACUCAACGGGUUUUCAGUCUCGUCUUUCUGCGCUCAACUUGUUUUCGAUUAGCCAUAUUUCUGAGUUCUGUUUCUGGGAGCUUGUUUGUUUUCUGCUAGUCUUGGCUUGUCGGGAUACUCUAUCCCUCUGUUGGCUUCCGUUGAUGAUUCAGUUCUCAUGAUGCGAUUGUGAUCCCACUUGCUGGCUUCUUUUGGCAUCGAUCAAUCCAUCCGACUUGGCAUCGUUUCCAUGGUCUGCGUUGCGCAUAUUCUUAUUGUGCUCACUCGCCAUGGAUAACUUGGAAGGGAUGCUCCUGGUCCCUCCGGAUCGAGGCCAGAUACUUGGAAGAGCUGUUUGGAAGCUGCGAUAUGUUGUCGUUGGUAGACGUAACAUCAGAGGUGGCCCUAGUCAGUCACAGUUUAUCCCCAACGGUCGCAACAACAGUCUUGGGGGCAGUAGAUCUUUCCCCAAACUACCAAUAGAAGAAUCCUGCAUACUCAUCUAUAAACACAAGGACGACAAUGAGCCAAUCCAGCAAUGGCCAGUGAACUCUAUCACCGAUUGCCAGGUCCAGCAGAUCAAUCAUCGCAAACAGGGUCCCGUUCUUCCUACUCUCGUCAUCUCCGUUGCCGACAAAGAAAAGAAGCGACGUUCGAGCCGGGCUGCCGGUCUCAUAUCAUCGAGCAAAGAAGCUAGUGCAACGACCCUGUGGUUUCGCACGCCUCCAGACGAUCAUCAUGUCAGUUUACAUGAGUGGGCACGCAACAUUCUUGCUCGAAAAUCUCCGAUGAGUCCAGAGAGCCCAAUGUCACCCCAGUUCUCCAAUCCCUUUGCCUCGAUGUCCCGCGAUGCCUCCGAUUAUUUCUCCCGGCCGACUAGUGGUAACAAAUCUGGCCGCUCUGAUCCACGGAGUCUCCAACAUAAGAGCUCUAUCAACACCCAAUCAACAACUACUACAAACACCACCACCAGAGAGCGGCCCCUCACAUUCAGUUCCGAAUCUCCAAGUUUACGAUCAAAACGCAGUGAUGUCUCGUCUCCUUCAAGCAACAACUAUCCAAUUCAGCAGAUGAAUUUCCCGAUUCCUGGGCAGCACUACACUACGGUCCUUCCAACUGAUUUGCCAUCCCCAGUCAACACCACUGGAGAUUAUCAGGGGGAAUUCAUCGAGGGGUGGACCUCUGCGCAAGGAAGAUCAUCCACAAUGAGCUCGCCAACCCGCGGUCGCGGCAGUAUUGGCUCUCAGCCGCCACAUCCAUCUAUCGCUGCGAUAGAGUCAAGCUCUCCACCUGGGCCACGUGAGACCAUCUUGGACAGAGCGUUUCAGAUGCGAUGCAUUCCUGGCUCAGAGCGAGAGGUGCCUGGCGAGGAGAAGUUGAGCUCGCUAGCUCGAUUUGAUGCAUUGAUGCGAGAAGCUGACGACAAAAUGAAACAGAGGGCAGAGGCCGAACGAGCCCAACAAUUAGCAAUGCGCAGUGCUUUCGAAGCCUCUGACAGUUCUAGCCAGGAUGAUGAUAGCGAUUCGGACGAUUUAGAUGAGGAUGCGUAUGGAGGGGUCCCUGAUCGACGAGGUCCGGCCUUGAUACCUUCGACAACACAGAGGGCAUUGCAGUUCAUUGCUGAUCGUCGUGACCCAGCACCGUUAUCGCCAUCCAGCCGUUCUUCAGUAUCGAGGACUCCGAUAAUACCCCAGCCACCUCCUAUACGACCGCACACUGCACAUGCUAAAACGAGGCCGAACCCCACACAGAGGACCAACAGCACCCCUCAAAUGAUUGCCAACAUGGCCAGGCUGGAAUUGACUGCACCCCCAAGCAUGGUGUCUGAUGAUUCCUCAUUGAGAUCGAACGGAGACAAGCGUCUCUCUACUUCAAGCACCGCUACUAAAAGGUUGAGUUUCACCGAAUUUACCAAAAGACUAUCGAGCACCAGUAGCUUACUGUUCGUCCAGACGAACGCUAGUGGGAGGAGUUCCCGGAGAAGCAGCGAGGUCGACCUCCAGCCCUCGCCCCUACCAUGUGGGACACUAAAUCCAGAAAGAAUUGUAGUGCCCAUGCGAGACCGAGAUCGAGACCAAAACUCUGGUGAUGUCACCGCCAGAUGUGGAUGGCGCAACAGUGUUGGCGUUGUCAGCAGAGAUGGCACCUUCUUCUGAAAAUGCCACUUCCAGGAAACAACAAGACCGUAUACUGAGACGAUCCCACAAUACUGGAUCCCAUGACUGAAGUUCUUGGCGAUUCUGGAGCGAUAUCUAGUUCUGAAUUUUGCUGUUAUGCAAUUGCACAUGAUAAGGAUAUGGGCAGUUUUUGGUGCAGCAUAGCUGCUUGUAUGAUUUUGAUACCAAACGAUGGCAUCGUCACGACUCUUAUGACGGAGAUAAGGGGCUAUUGGGUACGUGGCCCCAGGCGUUAACUGUUAACGGAUGACUUUCUGUCUCCACAAGCAUUGCUCGGUGUCUUUGGAUUCUGAUGGACAUUGGCAUCAUACCAGGGUCAUUCAACGGCCAAAGCAUCAGCCAUCUAAUACAUUUUUGAAACUACUUUUGACGUGAUAGCAUUGUGAUAAAUAUAAAAUCACUGGCAAAUGGUUCUCAGGGGCUGGAGCUCAGAAUUCGUCCUCACUUGAUGUGGGUUCUUCGCAGUCUAUUCCUAUAGCUGGCUUGGGUGCUCAACUGUCAUGCUUUUGUCUCGCGUGUCACCCAUCAAUUGUAUUCGCGAUCCCCCCUUCGGGUCCGGGUAUUCUUCUGAAAGCUCUUUCAAUAUCAUUCAACAUCCACAAAAGGAUGUCUUUAGCCCCCUUUUCAUCUUCCACAUGUAUCGUAUCACAUCGCUCUAGUCUGUCUAUUGAAUAUACUUGGCGAUAGCUUCUUGCUCCUCAGGGCUCAAUCGCUCACUGACGAAGCGCUCAAUUGCGCCGCCAUGUCGCUGAUUGGCGCUAGCCAUGUACUCCUUUACCCAUUUGGUGACGUCGAGAAUCUCGGGGAAAUCAUCCUUAGCCAAUCCUCUGCAG